AGAUCAGCGCUACAGUUUGAUACCACUGAAGCUGUGAGCUGUGCCUGGAGAGGUGGAUUUAGGUCAGCGCAAGGAUUGGACCGGCUGAUUGCAGCCCUUACCAUUGGCGAUUGCUGCACUCUUUUCCACCAUUUUUGGGGAGAUAAGAGGACACCCAAAGUAACAUUUAUUGAGGGAGGAAGAGUCAUUUUCCGUUCCAAUUAGCUCGUUUAUCAGCCUAACAAUUUACGGACAUUUUUUUACUCGUAUCAUCGACAUCUGGCCUUUCUGUGAAUGCAUAUUUCACAGUUGGUAAACUGUAUUACUGCUGAAAGGUUUUAAUUUUACAGAGACUGAGGCGGCUGAGUAAACAAAGUACAACUGACAAAAAGCCCACCAACCACCAUGGAUAACGCUCACACAAAGAGUGUUGAAGAAGUUUAUAGCCAUUUCUCUGUCAACGAAAGCACUGGACUUGGUUUGGACCAGGUGAAACGUCAAAAGGAGAAAUGGGGCUCGAACGAGUUACCUGCUGAAGAAGGGAAGUCUCUAUGGGAGCUUGUUGUUGAACAAUUUGAAGAUUUACUUGUACGAAUUCUUCUGCUGGCAGCUUGUAUAUCUUUUGUCUUGGCCUUGUUCGAGGAUGGAGAAGAAACAAUCACAGCCUUUGUGGAGCCUUUUGUAAUCUUACUCAUUCUUAUAGCCAAUGCCAUUGUGGGUGUGUGGCAGGAACGCAAUGCUGAGGAUGCCAUUGAAGCCCUAAAAGAGUACGAGCCUGAGAUGGGCAAGGUCUACCGCCAGGACAGGAAGACCGUUCAGAGGAUCAAGGCCAAAGAAAUUGUGCCAGGAGACAUCGUAGAGGUUUCUGUUGGAGACAAGGUUCCUGCAGACAUCCGUCUCUCUUCCAUCAAAUCUACAACCCUGAGAGUAGACCAGUCUAUCCUGACCGGCGAGUCCGUCUCUGUCAUCAAGCACACCGACCCAGUGCCUGACCCCCGAGCCGUCAACCAGGACAAGAAGAACAUGCUCUUCUCUGGCACCAACAUCUCGUCUGGAAAGGCUAUUGGUGUGGUGGUGGCUACGGGCGUGAACACUGAGAUUGGUAAGAUCCGUGACGAGAUGGCAGCCACUGAGCAGGAGAAGACCCCCCUGCAGCAGAAGCUGGAUGAGUUCGGGGAGCAGCUGUCCAAGGUCAUCUCCCUGAUCUGCAUCGCUGUGUGGAUGAUCAACAUCGGCCACUUCAACGACCCCGUCCACGGCGGCUCCUGGAUCCGCGGCGCUGUCUACUACUUUAAGAUUGCCGUGGCCCUGGCUGUGGCCGCCAUCCCCGAGGGUCUGCCCGCUGUCAUCACCACCUGCCUGGCCCUGGGCACCCGCCGCAUGGCCAAGAAGAACGCCAUCGUUCGCAGCCUUCCCUCUGUGGAGACCCUGGGCUGCACCUCUGUCAUCUGCUCCGACAAGACUGGCACCCUCACGACCAAUCAGAUGUCUGUCUGCAGGAUGUUCAUCCUUGACAAGGCCGAGGGGAACAGCUGCUCUCUGAACGAGUUCACCAUCACUGGCUCUACUUACGCCCCCGAGGGAGAAGUGUACCAGGAUGGCAGACUAGUGAAGUCCUCUGCGUACGAUGGUCUAGUGGAGAUUGCCACCAUCUGUGCUCUGUGCAAUGACUCCUCUCUGGACUAUAAUGAGGCCAAAGGUGUGUAUGAGAAGGUUGGCGAGGCCACAGAGACGGCCCUCACCUGCCUGGUGGAAAAGAUGAAUGCGUUUGACACCGACAUCCAAGGCCUGUCCAAGAUCGACAGGGCCAAUGCCUGCAACUCUGUGAUCACGCAGCUGAUGAAGAAGGAGUUCACCCUGGAGUUCUCCAGAGACAGGAAGUCCAUGUCUGUGUACUGCACCGCCAACAAGGCCCGCUCCUCCCUCGGAAAGAUGUUUGUCAAGGGUGCCCCAGAGGGCGUUAUUGACAGAUGUACCCAUGUCAGGGUGGGCACCAACAAGGUUGCCAUGACCCCAGGCAUCAAGGAUAGGAUAAUGUCUACAAUCCGAGAGUAUGGAACGGGGCGUGACACCCUGCGCUGCCUGGCUCUGGCCACCCGGGACGCCCCACCCAGGAAGGAGGAUAUGGUGCUGGUCGAUUGUGCCCGUUUCGCUGGUUACGAGUCUGGCUUGACCUUUGUGGGCUGCGUUGGCAUGCUGGACCCUCCCAGGACAGAGGUGGCUGCCUCCAUCAAGUUGUGCCGCCUGGCCGGCAUCCGAGUCAUCAUGAUCACCGGCGACAACAAGGGCACUGCCGUGGCCAUCUGCCGCCGUAUCGGCAUCCUGAGCGAGGAGGACGACGUGGACAAAAUGGCGUUCACAGGCCGCGAGUUUGACGACCUGUCUCCCCAGGCACAGCGUGAUGCCGUGACCAACGCCCGCUGCUUCGCCCGUGUCGAGCCCUCCCACAAGUCCAAGAUUGUUGAGUUCUUGCAGGGCAUGGAUGAGAUCACGGCCAUGACUGGUGACGGAGUGAACGAUGCCCCUGCCUUGAAGAAGGCAGAGAUUGGCAUCGCCAUGGGGUCUGGCACUGCCGUGGCCAAGUCAGCCUCUGAGAUGGUCCUGGCCGAUGACAACUUCUCUUCCAUCGUGGCGGCUGUGGAGGAGGGCAGGGCCAUCUACAACAACAUGAAGCAGUUCAUCCGCUACCUCAUCUCCUCCAAUGUGGGAGAGGUCGUCUGUAUCUUCCUGACGGCUGCUCUGGGCUUCCCUGAGGCUCUGAUCCCAGUUCAGCUGCUGUGGGUCAACCUGGUGACAGACGGUCUCCCUGCCACUGCACUGGGCUUCAACCCCCCAGACCUGGACAUCAUGAACAAGCCCCCCCGCAGUGCCAAGGAGCCCCUCAUCUCCGGAUGGCUCUUCUUCAGAUACCUGGCCAUCGGAUGCUAUGUGGGAGCUGCCACAGUGGGAGCUGCUACCUGGUGGUUCGUGGCCGCUGAGGACGGCCCUAUGAUCUCCCUGUACCAGCUGAGCCACUUCCUGCAGUGUUCCCCUGACAACCCGGACUUCGCCGACCUGGAGUGUCAUGUGUUUGAGUCCCCCUACCCCAUGACCAUGGCCCUGUCUGUGCUUGUCACCAUUGAGAUGUGCAAUGCCCUUAACAGCCUGUCAGAGAACCAGUCCCUGCUGCGGAUGCCCCCCUGGGAGAACAUCUGGCUGCUGGGGGCCAUCUGCCUCUCAAUGUCCCUCCACUUCCUCAUCCUCUACGUAGAGCCACUGCCCGUCAUUUUUCAAAUCACCCCUCUGGACCUGACCCAGUGGCUGGUGGUGCUGAAGAUCUCCCUGCCCGUCAUCCUGCUUGAUGAGCUGCUUAAGUUCGUGGCCAGGAACUACCUGGAACCCGGUAACCAGCCAGAGUAUAAGUCAUCCGGCAAAGGCUGGUCCCCCUCUGCAUGCACGGAGGGCAUCUCCUGGCCCUUUGUGGGCAUCACCCUCCCACUGGUGCUGUGGCUCUACAGCAUCGACACUAACGUGUCUGCCCUGUUCUGGUCCUGACUCCAGCACACAACUCUCUCAAUGCACCAGUGUGAGUGGAGAUUAACACACGUCUAACCCCCCCCCCCCCAACUAUAACAACUACAUCAACUGCAGUGGGCGCUCAAGUCAACAUUUGUACCUGUGUGGAUGACAGAUGCUAUCUGUGAGCCCUCUCCUAGGUUUGUCUCCAGGACAUUUUUGUCCAUUCAGUUUUUUUUACCGUUCACUAUUUCCUGAGGUUAAUCACUUGUCCAUGUGUCUUCGUUUAAUAUCAAGCUGUUGGUUGUGUUUGGUUUUUUUGCCCCCCCUUUUUUGAACAGGCGUAAAAAUCAUCUAUUUAUGAGACGUCUACAGAGAAUUAACACUAUUUUAUCAAGAUGAAGAUUUUUGUAGCUUUGGGAACGGGUGGGGGGGGGCAGUCGGGAUCCAUAAGCGACGUGCACAGGACUUAGACGUUUGACUCUUGUUUUCAGUGUGAACUUUGACCUCUAAAGACCUUGUGGAUAAGUAUGGUGUGUCGUAACUGUAAGGACCAUCAUUUGCACUGACUCAGAAGUCUGCACAAAGACAUGCAUGUAUUCUGCCCUGGCAUGAGGAACUGAGAUUUCCUUACCGUUUGAUCUCCAUGUUUCUUUUCUGCACUAGGCACAGCUACCUCAACGCUAAUAAUAUGACUAUUGAUAACUACCCGUGUUUCUCACUAAGCUUUUCAUAAACAUUGUCAUAUUGAGUGUUGAGGUAUGCACCAUUUUGCUUUUGCAGAAAGAAAUAAAGCCCUCAUUUGCCUUUCCAUGUUAUUUUAAGAGCUUUUUAAAAAGUUUUUAAUCUGUGUUUUUUUUAUGUUCCUUGAGUGGGGUUCGGACGAAAUGUUACCUUUAGUUCGAUUCAAAGCAAUUAUUUUAUAUAGACAAGCCUGUCGUUAAACACGUUUACUUGAACACAACAUAAUCUAUUGUUAUUCCCAUAAAGGUUCACUUUUUUUAUAGGUUCAUCUUUAAUUUACGGGCACUGUAGUUUCUUUAUUACAAUAAUUAUGAUAUAGAUUAUGUAUAUUGUGCACAUACUGUACUUGAAUAUAUAUAAAUGCACCAAGGGGCUGAUUUAUCUUAUCAGUUGAGCACAAGAUGGAUGCUUGAUGGGACCUUUAUGUGGUCUGGAUUGCCUGUUUGGGUGUGUCACUAAGUGGAGUCUGCUUUGGCCAUAGUAUAUAGGCCCAACUCUAAAAGGCUAAGAUGACUGGCUGGUAGAAGAGUCUGUAUAUCUGUACAUAUCACACAAAAUAGUAUCUAUGUGCAUGGAGUUUUACAGAUGCUCCAUACCUUUACACUAGUUUACUUGAGUGUGUUUUAGACACACUGUAGGUAGGUAUUCCUGGAAAGCAUGCCCUCGCCGAUACCAGGCCAGUAAGCGCUUGAGUUUUCUUAAACCUAACUGCUAUUUCUUCCAAUGCCUUCUGCCUGUUAACCCAACAGAGUGAGUACCCUCUGCCUGCAUGCUUUCUGCCCCACUAAUGUCUCCUCUCAUCCUGGCACUGUCACACACCGAGCCUUGCUGUCUGAGUCUGACAGCAGUAACUCUUCUCCUUGUUGAAAGAAUAAGUGUCGAGUCCGUGCUCUUGGUCUUUGAUACAUUCUACUAAGGGUACCAUUCCAUGAGUGAUAUUACCAAUUGGUCCCAUCUAUCAGCCAGCAGAGGCAAUCGGCAGGAUCUUGUAAUAUGGAGGAAAAUUGGAGGCGCCUUCAUUUCAACAUCCCUUUGUCACUAAGUGCCAGCCAAACCUACACUAUAGGAUUAAGACCCUGUGUCUGUCUUAGUUCCACCUGGAUCAAGUCUGUUUUCAAUAAGGGAUUGAUGUGUAAAGCGUCAUUACUGGUAGCAAGUUUUGAGCUCUGACAUGCGACUCGCAGGUCAUAGUGUUUCACUUAAUCUGGCUUACUGCAUUUAUUCCCAUCCUGCUUGCACGUGGCAUGGCCCUAGACAUUAUGACUGUAUGUAGAAAUUGAAGCAGUAGAUUACCUUUUAAUAAUGGCUUUUUGUUCACCAUGCCUUUUUAAAUGCCUAGUGAGGAAGCCAUGCCUCGGGUUUGCACCUUUUGCUUCUUUGACCUAUGCCAUAUUUCUGUCGUCCUCUGAUUGGUUUCUCUCUCUGUCUUUCUCUGUUCUCUCUCUGCAGCUAGUGCCGUGUAAACCCGCCCCUCUAAAUCCCUUGCAGGAACUGUAAGGUUUUGUUUGUGUUGUGCAUGUGUUUUUUGAGCAGCACCACAUCUUCCAAGACCUGCAUGUCAAUAAAGAGAUAUCAAGACAUGAUUGAUACAUUUCAUAAGCAAUUCCAUCACAACAAAAAAAGUACUAAUAAUCAAAUGUUAAAUAUUUAACAGAAUGGGCAUAAAUGAGUAUGAAGUGUUUUUGGAAUCAAAUGAACCAAUCCCAAGUCCCUCAAUCCUUACUGCAUGGGGAGCCUUCAAACUAGACAAGACAGAGUUCUCAUGCCAUCUUAAUAAACUUAAUGUCAUAGUUUUAUAUUAAUGUACAAUAUUCCAUGAUGCAUGCCCUCUGAAACAGCAAAUUAUUUGAUCAGAUGUGUAAUAGUUAAUGUAUAGUAUUGAUAAAUUAAAGACAUUCAUUUACAAACAAUAGUACAAAUGUUAAGCUGAAAUGCCUAUCUUUUCCUAAGGAAAUCUUUUUUUGAAUAGGAUGUGUAAAAUAACCAGACUAUUUGCUUUGCACUGUGAUGUGCGAUGUGUUUGCAGUAUCUGGGAAGGGCGGAGGUGCGGUGAUACAUACAUUAUCUCGAAAGCAGUCAGUCCCUUCAAUGGCACGUGUUCGCCGAGCUGACGAUUGUAUUAUGUAUCACAUGAUUUGUGGUUUCAGGUAAAUAAAGCGAUUGUACAUGA